GUGCGGAGUCAGAAAGCAAAUCGUCGUCUCGUCAACAGAGCAGGCGCAUUUUGGUGGCUACGCGUUCACCAGUGUUUUGCAGAACUCUGUUCAUCUGCUGUGUCUCUUCUAGACGUGCCCAAUUUGUGCUAGCGUGUGCUUUGCACUUGCGAGACAAUGCCUCCCCCGUCGCAGCAGCAGGUGGACAUCGUCGGUGGCGCUGGCAAGGCUGUCAUCAAGGUGGUUCAUCGGUGCACGGAUGCCACAGAGAACCAAAAUCUUGAUCUCUCCGAGUGCCAGCUGAUGUCAUUCCCGGAUGCAAUAUUUCAUCUAAUGAGGAACACUCGCGUUCUGGCCUGUGACCUUUCCAGCAACGUGCUUCGCAAGAUUCCACCUAAGCUGCCGCUCAAGUUUACCCACAUCACAGAAUUGAACUUGUCUCACAACCGACUAAGCAGUUUGCCAGAGGAGCUAAAGGAAAUGCCCGAGCUUCGGCGGCUAGACAUAUCGUACAACGACUACAUGUCCAUGCCUUGGGUCAUCUUCCGCCUUCCGAGGCUUACAUACCUCGACGCCCGCAAGAAUUACAUCUCUGACGUGGAAGCGCCUCGGCUGCGUUCUGUGAGCACCCUGCGUGAAGUUCACUUGGAGGAGAACCCUUUGUCUGAGGACGCCUGUCGCCGACUGGAAAACAUCUCACAGAUGGUGAUCCACGUGACGCCUCCUGGCUCAUCCGACUCGGAUGAUGAUUCCUCGUGCGACGAGAAUUGAUGCUCUCUAGUGCUCGCCAGCCGUGUGAGGCCCUUCGUGGCGUCAUACUGGGACUUGUUCAAAUGUGCUCCGGAAGUGGUCUCAUGUGCCAUUGGCCAACAUUGUGAUAUCGCGGACUUUUGUAAACACACAUUUUCACUCAGAAGGCACCAGCCAUCUCCUUGUUUCAGAGGGUCCCUCAGAGGUUUGACCCUGCUAGGCCACCACUUUCCACCGUGAAAAAUUCCAGACACUCAGUGGAUGGCCAUGCUUUGCUAAGCUGCCAUUCCUGCGAAGGAAUGGUGGAUGCGAUUGAGGAGAAAAUCGUGACCACAUUGGUGACGCUAUGAGUGGCAAUAAUUCUCGUGUGUGGUCUGUAUACCCGCGCGAUUUGUGCCACACUCGUGAUCAUAAGCUCCAUGUAACCACUUAUUAAUGUGUUGACAAAACAUUUGCGUUCAAGCCCGAACAUUAGUGUGAGAUCAUCGUCGAUGCAAUAAUAUGGAACUGCUAAUGUAAGUAUGGCUACGUAUAUUAUCUUACAAUGGUCACACAAAAAAAAGUUACGCGUGCGCGGCGUUGUGAAGCUCCGAAAAUAUACCAGAGGAAAUGAAACCUCACCUGACUUGUCGUUUUCCUCAUGGCUCAUUUUCGUAUACAAAAUUUGACAAAGAGCACCUUGAAGCUGUGAAUCUCAUCAGAAGACACACGUCACGGUACGGCUUUGUGUCGAACCAGGUUGUGCUAUAUAACUAAAUAUGCAUGAAAAGGUUAAGUUACGCAGGAGCACUUAUGAGGUUAUAGCUUUUAGAGCUGCAUAUUAAAGAACAAAACAUGUUGCAUUUAGUCAAAAUUUUGGUAUUGCAAUGCACGUUUUUUCUCGGUGUGAUAUCUCUCUUCGACUAGUUAACGCAAGUGAAAGAUGCAAAAUGAACACUGAUUCAAACUCCUUGCGUGUUUAUGGCGCGUAGUAGCAGAGAGAUUCAUAGUUUACUUAAAAAAUAAAUAUCAGAGACAGCUUCUAUGGCAAAAUAAAAAUUAUUGCAGUAGAUUCAAAGGGGAAAGAACGUAAAAAAUUGUCUGAGAGGGCCGUUCGGACAGCCGUGAGUACAUUCUAUAACUGCCCAGACCGACACCUUAGUUAUCUGUUUCAGGAGGGCAUUGUAUAUAUGUUCGUACAGGCACUAGAGCUCUUUAUUUCUGUGUAAAUACAGAUACUUAUUUUGCAUACGUUGUCACGAAUUAUUCAGACAGUGCUUUGUUCAGCACAUAUGGCGUGCAGGCGCUUUUUUGUAUAUCUUGUCAGCGGUUGGCCUUUGUCAGCAUGGUUUGGUUAGGAAGGACACACUGCUACGUUCAACUGCUUGAACACCUAGCAAAUUGUAGAUAUGUACACUUUACUGAGCUUUACUGAAAAUUUAUCAAGACAAUAUCCACAGUGUUAUUCUAAAUAAAACAAUUGUGGACCUUUCGAACGUAUUGUCAUGCAUGAGCUGAUAUUGAUGCAGCUGCGAAAUUCCUGGUUUGAGGUUCGCAGUGUUAGAUACCUCAAUUUCUCAAUAUUUCAAUGAGUUUCUACAAAGGAAGAUGCACAGUUCAAGAGUUCUUGUAUAUACUCCAAAAUCUCCGCAAUGUGCGAAAUCAAUGCCUUGCGGACCUUAUUCGCGUACGAUGGAAAUUAUAUGUGGUUGGAAUGACUCACGACGCCUUUGUAUAAAAAAGACGUAUCGAAUAACGUUUAAUUACACGCUCUAUAAAAGGCAAAAUACGUGUUAACAGCAUUAACGAAGUCAAAUCAAGACAAAAGCGCACCUUAGCUUUAAUAUAUUUUGUACAUACGAGCACAAGGCUCGCCAGAUGUCAUUCCAUAUCACAGUAAACAGCCUAGUGUGGACCGAGUGUGACGAGCGUCUCAUCUUUGGAGGACGCCGCACUAAGCUGUACUCCAAGUGACGAUUCCACAAUUCAUGGCCAGCUGUGUUGUGAUAAUCGUUAGGCUAGUUUUCUGUUGUGAUGUGCACCCGCACAGAGGACUGAGAUGUAUUUGUCGCGCGAUCCCGUCAUAUGUGUGCUGCCGCAAGAAGUUCAGAGUUAUUGGUUGUAAAAAAAAAACUGACGAGCCAAAACUCUCGCCCUGGUGACUUUUGGCAAUUGCUGCAGAGAAAUUGUGGUGCAAAUGAAAGCCCUAAUACAGAUGUUGGAAUGGGCGGCAAUGUUUACUGCACCCUCAUGUCACGAGACGUAUUGAGGAGCGUACUCGGAGCGAGUUAUUUAGUGAAGCAAACUAUGGAAUGUAAUUUUCACAAUGUUUGAGUGUGGCACAGAGUUUGGUUAUCACAUUUUUCACGCGUAUGAGAACGAGAGCUGCUCUAUUUGCCGUAUUCAGCUGAAUUGAUUCUUUACGGAUUUUCUCAAGAGAAUUUAUUCAGAGACAGCAGGUUGCAGGAGGCACAAGUCAUGUAUUUAGUGUGUAGUAGUUACCAUUGGCGUGUGCGUUUUAUAGUUGCGUUAUUUCAUUAUGUGUUCACUGUACAAUGAGUGCUGACUGAGUACGGUUUUGUAUGAUAGAAAUGCGGUUGGUUAUGGGUGACGAUGUUCUCAGUGACCCAUUAGACGCAACGCCUGGAGAUGCAGUGAUAUAAAAACAAAACUGGAAGCGCAAUAAAUGGGCAAUAUUGUUUUUACA